UUGAAACCAAUGUGGAAGAAGGUGGCAUAUGGAGGGAUGCAGCCAGGAUAUGAUGACAACUACACUGAUGAAUCAUUCCUUGAAGAAAUGGUUAUGAAUGCUAAUGUGGUAAAGAGGGACAUGCCGAAAGUGAUGCUUGAUUCCGUUUCCAUAACUCAAUAUGUUUGCAUUGUAUCUCUUGUGGUCUCUGUAUGGGCUCAUACAUUGAGUUUGCACAUUGAUGAAGAUAUAGCUCUUCUUGCACUAGGAUUUUCAGUCCUCUUGCUCACUGCAAGACAACUUUCCAUCCAACUUCUCUCACAUUAUCUUCUUAAUAUUUCAUUCUUCAUCAGUGGAUUAUAUGUUUUAGCACCAAUAUAUUACACUCUUACUAGAUCUAUCCGUUCAGAUUCAAUAGUGGCAUUGACUGUAUCACUUCUCAUAAUUCAUCUUUUCCUUCAUGAUUAUUCUGGUUCCACGAUAAGACCUCCUGGUGCUCUAAAGAAUCCAAAUUUGGCUAGUAAUAUCUCCCUGAAUGCAUCAAUAGUGGCAUCUAUUGGUGCAAGUUGUACUAACGAUCUAAUUCAAAUUUUGAUGAAUGACAAAGUAAGUUAA